AUAUUCACUACAUAGUCCACUAUUUGGGGAGUUUUGCCAAAUUGGAUUCAAGUCUAAAAACACUGUGGGGAAUAGCUGGUGAAUUCAUGAAAUUCUGCAAUGCAAUACAAGAGGUUGUAGUCCAAACGAUAAACAUUAGAGGGUAAACAACACAUGUAAUGCACUUUAGGGAAUAGGGAGUAGGGCACCACAUCGGAUGAAGACUGUUAAUUAUUUACUCCUACCCUACUUCUGCAAGCUUAUAUUAUAUAGCGUCGUGAUUUCUCUGCACCUUUGGUGUCAGAUUUGAAAGCUUAAGUUAGUUUUAUUCCUUUUAAACGUAUUAUAUUACACCUAAAGUUCCACUUAGUGUGAAAGCUCUCACAUCGUAUACUACCACCUGGUACUCAAAAUACUUAAGACAUGACAAGUGUUCAAAUGAGUGCUAAGGAUGAAAUGGUUGAACAGUUCCUGGAUUAUGCUUCCAGGGGUGACUUGGCCAAAGUUUCCACUAUGAUCUCUCACUACAGUCAACUGCUCAAAGAAAGCGGGAGACAAGGAUGGACAGCCUUAAUGCUGGCUGCGAGAAACGGACACUUUGAUGUGGUAAAAGCAUUACUUUUAAAUGGGUGUAAUAAAGAUUUGGUGAAUAAGUCAGGCCAAACUGCUCAUGACAUAGCAAAAUUCUGGGGCCACAGACACAUUGCCCGUUUUUUAUCCAGCAGUGGGGAUGUCACACUUCAAGGGGUUCUACCCAGCAAUAAAUCUAGAGAGAAUGAAACAUUCUUCAGUAGAGAAUAUCUCAACAGAAUGAGUGAUAAAAGGACUGAUUUGGAAUGGCUUUCAGCUAAACAGUCUUCUCCUGAAACAGUGUUCAUUGUGUUUUAUAACUUGGACCCUUUUGUUACAACAGAGCCGGAGGAAAUGAAGCAACCUAAGUUAAAACUAUACAGGUUUGGAAAGGACUCUGUGAAAGAAGUAAUCGAAAAGAGUGACACAGUGGUUAUUUUUCUGGGAGUAGAAAAGCAGGAAUGUUCACCUUCUUCUCCGGUGUCAAAGGAGGAUGGACUCAUUGCAUGGUUUGCUCUAAAUACCAACAACAAUCCCACAGAAAGUCUUAAGGUCACAACUUCAAACAGCUUCUUCCUUACAAGGCCAAUGCCAAGGCUCCUAAUGCUAAAUGAAGAUGAAGCAGGUAUUGUUGUACAAGCAAGGUCUGUCCUUGCAUGGCACAGCCGGUACAGUUUCUGCCCAACGUGUGGUGGUGAGACUAAAGUGGAUGAAGGAGGUUACAAAAGAACCUGCUUGACAGAGGGCUGCAGGAGUCUCCAGGGAAUCGACAAUACCUGUUACCCUAGAGUUGAUCCUGUGGUGAUCAUGCUGGUCCUUCACCCAGAUGGGAAUCAGUGCCUACUAGGAAGAAAGAAGACAUUUCCUCCAGGAAUAUUUUCAUGUCUUGCUGGGUUCAUUGAACCAGGUGAGACCAUUGAAAAUGCAGUAAGGAGAGAGGUUUUAGAAGAGAGUGGAGUUGCUGUUGGCCCUGUCCAAUAUGUCUCCUGCCAGCCAUGGCCAAUGCCUUCAUCGCUCAUGAUUGGUUGCUUUGCAGUAGCAGUGUCUACAGACAUAAAGGUUGAUGAAAAUGAAAUUGAAGAUGCUCGCUGGUUCACGAGGCAAGAGUUAUCAUAACUCUGGACCUCAAAUGAAUUUGCUUAGAAAGCAAAAAACAUAUUUUUGGACAUAUUUUGGACACAUGGAUAUUUUUGCAUACUGUUCUUUUGCACCAUAACAAAAAAUAAAAAGCUAUAUGAUUAAUAAAUGAAAAUGACAUUAUUACACAGUGUAAAACAAAGUAUGUAGUCAAUUGGAGAAUUCUGUCCAUGCAGUGUGAUUUCGUAUAAAUUUGUCAAACCUAUUAACAUUUUCAUAAAUUUUGCAGGUAAUAGAUGCUCUUGUGAAGGGUAACCAAGCAGUUUUUUUCAUGCCUCCAAAACAAGCUAUUGCCCAUUAUCUUGUGAAACACUGGAUUGGAAUAAACUCAAACCUUUAAACUGAAUGUUACCAGCAUUAUUGGGGUGUUUUCCUAAUUUGCCAUGAGAUGUGGUUGGGAGGUAUGAGAGUUUGAGAUGGACUCAAAAGUGCAUCUUACAUCAUAAAACUCUUUUAAAUUAAUAUAAUUAUUAUGAAUUAAUUGUAGUAUUACUAUAUGAAAUAGAUGUAAGUGACCAGAUUGUAAUUCUAACAAUCUUAUAAAUGAUUACACUUGUAAGUUGUACUACCUUUCAUUCCAGACUGCGAGGGUGGAUUAUUUCAGAGCCGGUGGUGUAUUGCCAUUUUCUCGUUUUCUUGCAAAGUUCCAACAGUAAAUUUGUCUCCUUGUGCCCAAGACUGGGUAGCCUGUAAAAGGUCCCACUUCGUCCUGCUAGUCCUCGUUUCCAGGCUUAUCUUGUCAAGAAGUUAAGCUAGCCUCUUGUCUGGCCAGCUUCAUCAGGUUCUGUAGCGAUAUCAGAAGAUGUGUUUACUGCAGUUUCUGUAACAAGGCAGUUUUCACAGGGUGGAGUUGUUGGCCUCAUGCCCAACCCCCAACCUGGAGGUCCAGGGGCUGAAUCUAGUCUGGCCCCUGACCCAAGGCCUGUCUGGCACGGUUAGACCUGCCAGGGAUAUUCGUCCCUGCCAUUGUAGCUCUCAAGUUCUCUGGGAUGUGCAAACGGGUCCACCAAUGACAAGGUAGCAGCCCAGGACCAGAUAAUUGACCAGGAUAAUUGAAAAAAAAAAUUGAGUAUCAGGCUCUAUUCGCUUGAUUCUUGCUAAUAAGUCCAAUGUUCUAAAAUGAGAAAGAUAAGCUCCUUGGCCAAGUUUCCCCAGUAGGAACAUAAAAAGGUAGAAGACAUUUGCUGAUCAGCCCCUUCUAAGAGGAAGAGCAAAUAUCUUCACUGCAUUAGCUCAUCAGCCUCAUGUAAGAGGAAAAGCAAGUGUCUUCACUGCCAAAUGCAAGAGAGCAGUGAAGUGAAAAGGAGAGUUUAGUACAUCAGCCUUUCACAGAGUGCCCAGGUAUACUUUCAGUGGCUGUGUCUCAUUCUCUAACCUUGACGGAGAGCUCUGGUAAUAUCAACAACAGGAGACACUGCAGUGUAUCCAACAGUCUAUGCAACCAGUGUUGCUAUGUUCUGGCCAUUAUCACAGCAGAGCAUGAACAGUUAUGGGUUUGGCCCCUGGAAGCAUCUCCAGAAUACUAAAAUGUUCACAACCGGUCAUGCACACCCUUGUGAGUGUACCAUCUACCUGUUGUGCAGGCAAAUGAAACAUUUUUUCACUGUGGUGCAAAACACUACUGUGUUUUUAGUACAGUCAGCUUUUUCACUAUAGCCAGAGGAAACAUACCAUGUUGUUGCCUAACCCACCAUUCCUGCCAAAAGUGUGGAGGUUGCGAUAUAAUAAUAAAUCUGCCAUUAUUAUAUUAACCUUAUCUCGCACAUGAGAGUGUGCCCAGCGUAGUCCUGUGUCCAGUGAGGGCUUUCAAGCCGUAUGUGAAAGUGACAGCAAGCUGGCAGGUCACUGAACACUGUUUGGCUCUUCUGUCUAAAGAGAGCUUAACCUAUUGGGUAAAUAAUGUGAUCGCACAGGCAUACUUGAACACAGGUCAAGAGGUAUCUUCUUCCAUUAAAUGCCAUUUGAUGCUCCUUCCUGGGCAGCACUAAUAUAAGCGUAACUGAAAAGGAAAUUGUGCUGGUGGUCUGGAAUGAAUGGAAAGAGAACAGAAAGUUAUGUAUGUAACUGUGGAUCUACACCUUUUGAGUGGAGUACCACCUGGUCACUCUGGGUGAAUGGCUGAACGAUGGGGCUGAUGUAGAGAGGACUUUUUAUAGGCUACCAUGGGGACAAUAUUUGGUCAACUUUGCUAAUGGCAUUUGGCCACAAAUGCAGGAAAACGGGAAUACAUCACUAGUUCCAAAGGUAACCAUUCUCCACUGAGUCAUAGAGCCAUGGUUAAAUACCCUUCCAAACUCAUGAUAAAGAAAUCUUCUUUGCUAUGUUGUUUCAGUUAUUUUCACCUUUAAAUACUUUUUUCAAGUGGAUGUAAAUGUUUGUAGUGUCACUCUAUACUGUGUAAUAAAAAUCAUAUGAUGUGUAAAAGUAAAUCAUGAAAGAAGUUGAAAA